UGGGUUUUGACCCGUGCCACAUUCCAUUUUGGGAAUUUCCUGGUGCCACGGUGCCUGCCGAAAGCGCAAGCUGGGCAGCAGCCGGGCAGCCGCGGGCAUGGCUGCGGAUUCGCCAGGGGAAUGCGGGGAUGCGGAGCUUUUUGAGGCUCUCCGGAAACGCAUUUUUGCCGAGUCAGAGGAAGAGGAGGAGGAGGCACCUUUCAUAGCUCCUCCAGUUGAAGCACCAGAGGAGGAAGAGGAUGCUCCGACGGAAUCGGCGGGCUCCGGCUCGCCUGUUCCCACCAAAGAGAUUGGCCAACGAGCUCAUUUGCUGCUGGACCAGUUGGGUCUCUCACCCGACAGCGAUUUCGAGGCUAUUUUGCCCCGAGGAGCACGGGGUGGCACCCGAGGAGCGGCCCCGGAGCGGCGCCGAAACGGCUCCCGCAGCCGGAGCCGCGGCUCACGGGUGGAGCCGGCUGGAGCGCGAGACGCCGCGGAACGAGCCAGUCAGCUGGAGAAGAUGCCGAUGCAGCUGGAGAAGCCGUAUCAGGAGGAGAGGACGGAGGAGCAGAUUCUUCGGGGCGUUGCGGAGCUCACACGAGCCGAGCAGGAGUUGGAGGAGCUGCGAACACGUUCGCUCGCGCGCGCGGCGCUCGCGGACGGGACGACGGCACCUUCGCUGGCCGCGGUGGAGGCAGAGCUGGAGGAAGGUCGCGCGACCACGCACGAUCGACCAGCAUCUCCGGGUGCGCUGGAGGACCGCUUGCGCUGGCUCUCCGAAGAGCUCCGAGGGGAUUUGAAGCCUCGAGGCUUGAAGAGUCUGGCUGACCGUAUUCACAAGGAGAUCCUCAGGAGGGGAGGGGAGGAAGCGCCCUACAAAGUGAUGGCGCUCCUUGGCAAGGCCUUCGCGAAGAAUGCCAAGCCCUCCGGGCGAAAACUGAUCUUCUACCUUUGCAACGAGCUUUGCCGUCCAACCGUCAAGGCGCCGACCAAUGGUCAUAGUAAGCUGCUGCGGCACGCGGUGUGGGGGUUUCUCAAAGCCAUGACUGCGUGCACGACCGAUUUGACGGACGACGAGAGAUCCACGCGUUUCUUCGUCGUCCACGCCAACGGACAUUUCCACAGAUCACACUUUGUCCGCUUCCUGCGGCGGCAUUCCAGCUCCACAGACGAGGCUGGUUCUGGGUGACGCGAUAAGUCACGAGUGGGUGACGUGAUGGGAAGUGAAAAGGAUCGACAUAUAUAUAUAUAUAGACCUUGUGCGAAAUGGUAGUACCACGAUGUACCACAUAUUAGACAAAUCCAACCUUCUGCAACCCUCAAGACUUUCCCGUAGCUCAACAAAAAUGCGUGCCCCUGCGAAUGGUGUCGGGUCCAAGGACGUUGCAAGUCCUUCUGAAGUCUUUUUGUUUGGCAACCAAGCUUGAUUCUGUGCACUGUCACAUGGCGGAGAAGAUCCAUAACCAUCCGUAGGUCCGCUACCCAAUUCCCAAACAUAAUUCGAUUGCUGACUUCAGGCCUCCUUCAUUUGGCGUGCGGCCGGAGAGGGCAAAGAUGCGCAUGACUGGCAAAGGCGCCUGACGCAAUGGGAAGCCGCACUCAUGAGUCAAAAACCCAUGGACAUUUGGCGGCACGGUAGCCCCAAAAGUAGUAGAGCGGUGCGUUUUGGGAUGAUCGGGCGGGGCAGGCGUUUUGGUUGAA